CAAAUCAUUCAUUCAAUUCAACCACACUACAAUAAUGAACCUUACGAAAACAGAUUGAUGCCUGCAACACUACAUAAAUUAAACAUAUUUUGAUUGCCGUACAUAAAUCUCCCCCUACUUCAACAAGACCGACCUUGAAUCGGUUGAAGUUAAAGCCACCAUCAGGAACAACAUCACCGACCACAAAAUUUUUACAAACAAUUUUACCGUUCACAGUCUCAGACAGCAACACCGGGCCGACAAAAGCGGCAACCACCAUUACUCUGCCACCUCCUCACCUACCGUCACACCCCUGUUAAACCAUAAUCACCACCUCCAAAAAUCCAUCGGACCCUUCAUCACCUCCGAUGCUCCCCACAACCACCAUUGAAACUUUUUUGAAACAUCUCUUAUAUCGUGACUGACUUUCUGACCCUUCCGAUAACCUCACCAAUGAGCAUCUCCCACCACCACUGAACUGCCACAUCCAUCAUCUUUUCCGGUCACCUUUAGUUCUCCAAUCACCUUUAGUUCUCUGCCGCGCAGAACCACCGCCACUGCCGUCACUCGACCCACCACCGAGUUGAGGUUGAAGAUGAAGUGUGAUGGUAAGGGCAAGUAGACCGUUGACAUAGAAGAAGAAGAAACAGGAUUGGAAUUCCAAAAGUGUGUGUUUGUCGGUUGUCCGUGAAAGAGAAAUCAGUGUGUUUGUAGUUGGAUCAACCAAUAGGCCCGUCUUCGAUGAAGAUCAAUGUGUGGUCAUCGUCAAGUUGGUGGCAAGAAAUAGACGGAUCGAAGAAUUGGCAGGAUGGAAUCUUCCUCACUCUCUGUGGUUUUUAUGCCCUCGUAUCCGCCAUAGCUCUUAUUCAGUUAAUAAGGAUUCAAAUCAGAGUGCCUGAAUACGGUUGGACAACACAGAAGGCUUUCCACCUCAUGCAUUUCAUCGUGUAUGGAGUGCGUGCGGCUGUGUUUGGAUUUCAUAUUCAAGUGUUACAUUUGCAUCCCAAGGUUUGCGUCUGGGUGCUUCUAGAGGUUCCGGGACUACUUUUUUUCUCAACGUAUACUCUCCUUGUCCAAUACUGGGCUGAGAUAUAUCAUCAGGCUAGAAGUUGGCCUACAGAUAAACUGAGGACGACUUACGUGUGUGUUAAUGUGGGAGUUUAUGUCAUACAGGCUUGUAUCUGGAUAUAUCUCUGGGUAGAUGACAGCAGCUCGAUUCGUUAUGCGGGAAAGCUAUUUAUUGCAGUUGUGUCAUUCGUGGCAGCAGUGGGAUUCUUAUCAUAUGGAGGAAGAUUAUAUAACAUGCUGCGAGGUUUCCCUAUAGACUCUAAAGGGAGAAGGAACAAACUUCAUGAGGUUGGAUCCGUGACAACAAUAUGUUGUACCUUUUUCAUUGCAAGAUGCUUUGUGAAUGUUUUAUCAGCUUCUAAUUCAGAGGUGUCAUUAGAUGCUCUUGGUCAUCCUGUUCUUAACUUGAUCUUUUACAUGCUAACGGAGAUCCUCCCUUCGGCUAUGGUGCUGUUCAUUCUAAGAAAGCUGCCACCCAAGAGAGUUUCGGCACAGUCUAAGCGAGAUCAUUAGGCACGAGAAUCUUUGUUUAUUCCAUGGACAUGGAAACAUAAGUUAUUUGGAUUGUUUUUGUUUGGUAUACAUGUUAUUGUAAUUUUCUCUUGGUGUAGAACAUUAUUUUUUUUAAACAAAUUUGUACACUUCUAUAGUAAA